CUAAAACGGAGCACAAAAUAGAAACAAUUGCUCCUCAGUUUUCCAAGGUGAAAGUUAAAGACUUCUUUCACAGGCUGGGCCCACUGACAGUGUUCUCAGCCAAGCAGAGAUGGACGGCUCCACGUACUAUUCGCAUCCACCAUGAAGCAGGAGAGCUAGGAUUCAGUCUUAAAGGAGGUUCACCAGUACAGAUUUACUGUCUUGAUCCAGUUUGUUCUGCAGCAUCGAUGGGCGUAAAAGAAGGCGACUACAUUGUUUCAGUUGGUGGCGUGGAUUGCAAGUGGCUUGGAGUGAAUGAGGUGCUGGAAAAAUUCAAAAGCGUGGGAGAGCAGCCCAUUGAGAUUGAGGUUAUCAGUUGCCAGGAUACAGCAGCGUCUGUGCAUAGUAAGUGCGCAACUUACUCUGUGGGAAUGCAGAAGACAUACUCCUUAAUCUGUUUAGCCAUGGAAGAGGGUAAGAUUGAUCAGACCAAGAAAGCCCCACUGAAACUGCCUUUCCUAAGUUGGGGAACAAAAAAUAGACAGAAAGCUGCAAGCACCCUCUGCCUUCCUUCAGCUGUGGCUGGAAGUUCUCAGAUUAAGAAGAAGCUUUCUCCCUUCACACUUCUGAAUACAGAAAGUUCAUUGUACUAA